CACGCCGGCCCGGAAGAGACGCCGCGCCGCGCCGCGCAUGCUCUUUCCUUUCUAGCUCGGGCCCGGGACGCAGCAGCUGUCGCGAUGUUGAUGCCCAAGAAGAACCGGAUUGCCAUCUACGAGCUCCUCUUUAAGGAGGGGGUGAUGGUGGCCAAGAAGGAUGUGCACAUGCCUAAGCACCCCGAGCUGGCAGACAAGAACGUGCCCAAUCUUCACGUCAUGAAGGCCAUGCAGUCUCUCAAGUCCCGGGGCUACGUGAAGGAGCAGUUUGCCUGGAGACACUUCUACUGGUACCUUACCAACGAGGGCAUCCAGUACCUCCGCGAUUACCUCCACCUGCCCCCCGAGAUCGUGCCCGCCACGUUGCGCCGCAGCAGGCCUGAGACUGGCCGCCCAAGGCCCAAAGGUCUGGAGGGCGAGCGACCUGCAAGACUCACACGAGGGGAAGCCGACAGAGACACCUACAGACGGAGUGCUGUGCCCCCUGGUGCUGACAAGAAAGCUGAGGCCGGGGCUGGGUCAGCAACAGAAUUCCAGUUUAGAGGCGGAUUUGGUCGUGGACGUGGUCAGCCACCUCAGUAAAGUUGGACGGGUUAUUUUGUGUUGAAUAAACUUGUGGUCAGAAAACAA